AUUUUGCGACGGAACUUGCAGAACAUCCAAAACAAUGUUGGCUGCUGGGCGAAAUGCGCUCGUUAGAUUUAUAUAUGUAUAUAUGGUGGUAUUUUUACCAGCUGAGAACAAACGAAGAGCUAAUAAAUUGUGUAAAGGAGUCAAAACAGCGGCAGGAAUUCCUCCGUUGCACACACAAACGAAGAUACGCUGCAAGGACGGCUGACGGCGGUUCCGACGCCUGUACCGAACUGUAAUGGGCAACAUAUCUCCUAUGAUGGAGGUCUGUGGGUUUCGUUCAUGGUUGAGGGCCAGCUCAACAGAAAUAGAUCUAAUGCAGGUGUGACUGGGGGAGGACCAUCAUGCAUCACUUGCAGCUAAAUUAAUUUUUCAAGUGCACACCCUCAGAAACCAAUUACUGCCUUAAUGUACUUCGGUUACAGUAUUUGUUAAUGUUCAUAAUGUCAUGCUUAUUUUAUUUUAUAUUGUAGAGUUUAUAUUGUUAUUAUAGUUUUUAUUUAUUUUAUUCAUUACCUGGCACCUUAUUUUAAUUCUGUUUGUGUUGUUAUUUGUUACUGUUUUAUUAUUAUUAUUUGUCUGGUCAUUAUCUGUUUUGUGUAUUAAUGCUUUGGCAGUAUUGUAUGUGAACACAAUCAUGCUGAGAGAGAGAGAGAGAGAGCGCGAGAGCGCGUGUGUAAAUGAGCUCAUGUCAGUGCAGCAUAUUGGGGGCAGGUCACACCGAAUGCGUUUUUGCGUCCUUCAGCGCUGUCUUUCAAUAGUUGCUCUAUGUAAACGUACGACAGACGGACGUGUUUACCCGUUGCUUUUCUUUUUCAGCGUCACGAGCAGUUUUUAGACGCCGUGUCAAGUUACAAAUAACAACUUACUUUAUUAAAAUUGCGACUCGAGACACCUGCGUUCGUAGCCCUACGUUUAGCUUUAGGGCAAGGACUGGUUCGGUGUGAACGGCGCCUUAGGGAACCAAAUCGUUAUGAAAAAAAUAAGUUACGAACCAAAUGCACUUAGCCCUGUAUCAGCGGCGGGAGAAAGAUUAGUUGUCGGUGAAGCGCACUCAAAAAUGUAGCCUGUGGCAAAGAGUACAGACUGCGUAUCUGGAAGCACGGCUUGACAAAUGCCUGUCAGCCACUGGAACAAAAUGAAUCUGCUGAGUGGAGACAGACCAAGUGUAGCAGUCCGAUAGAUCAUGUCUCCAUUUACAAAAGACCUGUUAAGGUUGCCAUUCAGUAAUUGAUGUCCACAUUACAUUCGUAACACAAACACACAUUGUUUAGCAAAAAGUGCUUCAAAUAAUAAGUGAAAACGCAAGCUUACUAUUUCAAAACACCAUAGGAAACAAAAAUAUAAAAUUAAGAAAAGCACAAAAAAAAAAAAAAAAAAAAAAUUCAACCAACCCAACAACAUUGCCAUUGUUAGAGAGAGGAAUAACUUUACAAAAAAUAGGUAUUCUGACUGUAACAAUCGAUGCUGGCAUUUAAAAUAGCCUUUGAGGGAGGUUGAUAAUAAUUAUCUUAUGUAGCCUUUUUAGGCUGUGUCCUUCCUUGAGUCAUUCUGAGGCUGUGGGCUAGACUCCUCCUCAGCAUUCAGUGCCAGAAUGAGAUGGUCUAGUAAGUGCGCAUGGCAAACCAUAUGCUUAGAACCAUGUGAUAUUUGACUUUGUUUAGAAAGCCCAUAUACUUACAGAAAACGAGAAAUAUGUACUUAAUCUCUAAAUUAUUUUUGCGAAAGUUUUUUUUCCACGUCAUCAAGCACCGUCGAAGGCCGUCGCAAUUGUGAAGACCCUUGGAAGGCAGCCUUGUUUCGCAGCCUUCAUUUGCCAUAUCUUGGAUGAUGCAUCAUGUGCAUCCUUCAUGGCCUUCAAUCACCUACAAUCUCAUAACACUAAUUGUCUCUCUGUCUUCCUCAGAAAUUUGCCAUCAUGACACAUGGAGCCCCAUCACAGGUGACACAGAAAAAAUACAUGAAGGCCACCAUCUGCACUGUUGUGGAAAUAUGACUUACAUCAUCUCAAGUAGUUCUUGCUGUAAUGGUAAGAUAACACCAGGAUUAAGCCAGUUGGUGGCUGACUGCUGUGAAUCUGUAGCCUACAAUCCUCUUAAUAAGAUUUGCUGUAAUGGCCGCAUUCAGACUCGGAAGAGUGCUCAAGGAGACUGCUGUGGCACAGAAGUGUAUCUAAAGGAGACUGAGUUGUGUUGUGUUGACACUAUAUACAAACUGGAGCAAAAUCUUUCCUGUUGUGGCAACAAAUCAUAUAGCACAGAAACCCACUGCUGCUGUACUUCACUUUGUAGCGAUCCAAAAGUGAAGUCCAAGCCUGAGCCUUGCUGUUCAAAACUUCUGACAGAUGACCAGUCCACUGAGAACAGCUGCACAGAGACACAAAGCCAGCAACAAUUCCCCUCCACCUCUACAAACCCACACAACAAAGUCUCAGAACUGAUGUGUGGAUCAAAAGCCUACAAUCCCCAAAAGGAAGUUUGUUGCUCAGGGAAUCUGUAUAGGAAGUCAUCAGUACUUACUAAGUGUUGUGGUGAACAUGUCUACAGUCUAUCAGAUAAAAAGGUGAUAUGCUGCAAUGGAAUUCUUCAUAGCAAUUUGCCUGAACGGUCAGAGUGUGUCGGAGGUGUUGUAUAUACUCCAGGAAAGACAGCCUGCCAACUGUUUGUCCGCCCUCGUCUUGGUGAACACUGUUGUGGAGAGAAAACCUUCAAUCUUAAUGAGCAUAUUUGCUGUAAUGGAUACAGGCACGCCAGGUUAAAUGGUAACUUCUGCUGUGGCUCAGAAGCCUAUGACCCCUACAACCAGUUCUUGAGGUGUUGCUCAGGUCACCUCUACAACAUCACCCAUUUGGGUGGGAAAGCAGAGUGUUGUGGAACCCUCUUGCUGGAAGAUAAUACAAAUCAAACUUGCUGUUCUUCCACAAGCCAUAACAUGAUUUAUGAAACUCAACCAAAGCACUUGUGUUGUGGUCACUAUUACUACAACACAUCCCUGUGGAGUUGCUGCGCUGGACAUCUCAAACCAACACCAAAGACCAGUUCAUCUCUUACAGAGCACAGACUAAAGCCACUAAUGGAGCUGAUCCCUGACAUAUGCAAUAAAGCAGUGCUCUUUGGAAAAGUGGAGAGUGUUGCACUUGACAAUAAUCGACAUAUCGUGUUAAGAGUUAUUGCAAGGAUGCAUGUGAAGUCGGCUGAAGUCAUUAAAAACCCUUUGGUAAACGUGACACUGGAUCACUGCAACUCUCCUGCCCUGGAGCAUGGCAUGACCUACCUAUGGGAGAUGAACAGCAGUGUGUACAAGCCUCUUUCUCACCCUAUUAACCUAACCUCUGACGUUCACAUGCUCUUUACUAUGUUACAGUUAUAUGAGGGUUGCAAUCAAAAAUAGCAAUAAGUAUUAAGGUCUAUUUCAAGUCAUUUCAAAACAAAUUCAUGUUGAUUUUCAUAAUACUUGGAUUUCUGUCCUGACAAGAACUUUAAUCUGUCAUUAAUUGUAAUUAAUCACUAAGGGUAAAUUGGGGAAAAAAAAAAAGAAAAAAAAAAAUAUAUAUAUAUAUAUAUAUAUAUAUAUAUAUAUAUAUAUAUAUAUAUAUAUAUAUAUAUAUAAAAUGUAUAUACACACACAGUGUGUAUAUAUAUUAUUUAUUUUAUUUUUAUUUUUAUUUUAUUUUGCAAGAUGCACUGCAUGGCCUAAUAUAUGUUUUUAUCAAGUACUGUAUUUUGACAAUUCAUCGGUCUCAGGUUUGUUCCAUGUUUUGACAGUUGUAAAGGUUUUAUAGUCCCUUUAUAAGAUACAGGUGCUUUAAAGGUGUUUUUGAAAUUGUUUGUAUUUUGAUCAUUUUUGUCAUUUAAAGGAAUUUUUCUAAAAAGUUAACAAGUUUUGUUUAUCCUAGUUCAGGAUGUAAACAAAAGCAGGUGUUCCUUAAUGUUUUGUGUAUUUUUUUUAUAGCUCCACCAUAAGCUUGUUGCAGUUAUGCAUCCUUUUUUUUUUUUUUUUUAUUAUUCCAUUGAUUGAUUGAUUUAUAGGUUUGAUACUAUUUGCCAAACAUUAUAUUCUGUAGUAGUAUCUCAUGCACUAACUUGGAAAUUUUGUUUUAAGCUUCUCUGAUCUGUUAUGUACUGUUCCAUUUUCAUGUCUUAAAUACAACUGAUGCUAAUCACACAACAUUCAUAUUUAUUGUUAUGUGAAGCGUGGUGUAUUAUAGAAUUGCAGACAUUAAAUUACUGAGUACAAAAGUAACUUUAUACUGUAUAUUGACAUUUGUGAAUAUGAAAUCUAUUGUUUCUAAAGACGUUUUUGAGUAUAGGGUAAAUCUUGACUCAUCAGACCACAUAACCGUUUUCCAUUGCUCCACAGUCCAAUUAGCCACGCUAACAACUAUCCUUCCACGUUUUAAUAAUGCACUGGACAGUGCUUAACCCAGUUCCAGUGAUUUUAGCAAUCUCCUUUGUUGUAUUCUUUGCUGAUGCAGGCCAAUAAUUUGCCCUUCCUGAACCACAGUAACAUCUUUUCUAUGACCACGGGAUAUGUCUUCUGACAUGGAUGUUUCAGAAAUAAGAAGCUACACACUGAAUCAGUUAGGGUUAAAAGAAUUUUUGCCAGCUGAAACAUACAGUAUUAAUCACUGCAAUAAUGAUCCAAUCAUAGGCUCUGAAGUAUCUGCUUAUUUAAAUCCAAACAGCAAAUUUUGUUUUUUGGUUAGGCAGUGUACAUUCUGAGAUUCUCAGCCCAAGAAACUGCUGAAAAAUAAAAAAAGUAAAAAUGAUAAAAAAGAAUGACUUUGUAGUAGACCCCGCACGAAUGAUGGUGAAGACUUGACUGAUGAUUUUAAGAGGAUUUAUUUGAGUUUAAAGGAUACUUGAAAACUCUUUUGUAUAAUCACCUUAAACUCCUACAAUUCACUGUAUAACUCCAAUAAAUCCACUAACUACCUACACCACCUUACCUACCUUUCCUAACAUUGUGCUGUGUGUUCAGCACCUCCAGCUUCCACAUGCAGCCCCUAAAAAUUUAAAAAAAAAAAAUAAAAACCCCUUUCACCUUAAA